AUGCGACGCCGCGGACAAACGGCCGUUUCUGGUUUACGACAAACGGCGUGGAUCCGGUUCGGUGCUGGUUGCGACGCGGCCUUCCCGGGCAAACCAGAUUCCAGACCGGAGGGUCCCGCGGGUCGAGGGUCACCGCCCCGAAAAGCCGUUGAGGACCCGAAACGCCGAAAAAGGCCCGUCCGCUCGGAUAUUGUGAAUAUUGAUGAAGAAAGGAAUACCAGUUCACGGAUUCGCUUAUAUAAUCGCUCCGUUCGGGCGUCACUGUGCUCCCACGGUCUGGAGACACGUGUUUGUUGCGCCUUCUGGGAAUCCGCGCGAACAGACAUCGCGACUGGAUACCGUAUA